GAUUGUAACACCGUGUAAUAACCCCUCGGACUAUGUUCCCUUACUCGGAGUUUUUGUCUAUAGUAACAGGAAUAUGACCUCAAGACUUCAAGGAUCGUGUCAGACAUAAAAAUUAAGACGAGAUAAGAAAAGCAAUCAUUGCACAAUUAUUUUAAAAGGAUUAUAAAGAAGACCAUGUUCAUUUUGGCCAUCAUCGGACUGUUCUCACUAGUGGCAGGUGCCCCUAGAGAAAAAAGACAGGAUGAAAGCUAUUUCAUGGAGAAUAAAUGUUCGAUGGCAGCCCGCAACUCCAGCUGUCCUGCCGGGUAUUGCUGUGCUUAUGACGAGUUUUUCCGCAUCAUCUACUACUGCAAAAAACUAGGUGCCGUGGGUGAGUCGUGUUCGACUGUUUCCAGCGAUGCUGACUGUCCGUGUGAACCCGGACUCGCAUGUGUCCCGACAGUUCAAGGGUCAAGUUUUGUUACUAUAUAUGGAAGAUGUCAAGUAAAGUCUCAACCCACCACUGCUGCUAUGACAACAGAUGGCCCUGUAACGUCAGAUGGCGCUGUAACGACGUAUAGUCCUACAGGCAAUCCAACAGACAACAAAGGACAUAACUCGCCUCACGUGACACACAAGCCCCACCAAGGAUAA